AAACUUCAGCCAUACCCUACCCUACUCUAUUCUCUCGUUCCGGCGUGCUAACGGACUAAUUCUAUUCUACUACUCUAACGAUUUUGAUUAUGACAAUGAAACGAUCUUAUGACUAUAGUUUUGUCAGCCAUUCUCCAGCAAACAACUCCAACAUCAUUCCUAUCUCAACCCGCUCUUUUCAAUACGCAACGCAGGCGACGCGACUAAAUACUAGCAAUAUAGUUCAUCAUUAUUCUUAUGCAUCACAUACUCAAGAUCCUAUCUCUGCAUCAUCGAAUUUUAUACCUCAUAGCCGAAGUUCCAGCACACAGUCUACUGCAUCCUCAUUCAGCCGAGCUCCGCUCACAGGACUUGGAAUUACAUUCAAGGAAGAACCUCAAGACUCUAAGGACAUGUCUAUCUCUCCCGUUCUCUCAACUCCAUCAUACCCUGUUUCAGUUCCUCUUCAGGUUUCUCUCAACGCGUUCCUUACAGGACCUUACUCGCCGCUUCAUGGCGACUACAUUUCUUCCAUCUCCUUCGCUAUACCUCCGCUCCUUCACGAAAACAGGACGGCUUCGUACGAUAUGGAUUUUGCAUCUCCGGGGGUAAACAUGGAAGACCUCGAGGCGUACUCCUCUUGCCCUAGUGAUGACUAUGUUGCACGUUCUCCUUUAGACUCACGCAUGGAUUCCCCCUCGGACCCUCUGGCGUUCAUAGCAAAUACUCUCCUCGAUCAAAUGGACGCGGACUUACCUCGGCCAACCUCAGACUUUGCCAUGUUCUCUCCUAAAGGCGAACCCUUGAUAGGUCUCUUUGCCGAUGUCAAUUUUCGACACGAGGCUUGGAACCGUAUCUCCCCUCAACCUUGUUUUAAUCCUGCCCUUCUCACGAAGAACGACGAUGAGCUCCAGGCUGAAGCUGAAGAUAUUAUGGAUCUUCAACUCGAGUAUCCUUACGAAGAUGACGUUCAGACGGGAACAGUCCAGACAACCGAGCCAUCUGUGACCCUCAGUGAAGCAGUUGACAGUAUUGUUUCCAUGUUGUCUGCUUCGAUGGCUGAGCAGGAACGCGAUGAAGCGGCUCUAACUUCAGUUCCCGCUGCGCCUUCCGUACAGGCUCGAACUCAAACUCCUGCUCCUGCUCCUUCUGUUUCAAGGCAGCGCCAACACACCAACGGUCAGGGUCUUGCUAUGCCUGCUUUUGCUACCAGGUCCGUCAAGCUCGAAGCUGCGACUCCCAUAAUACGUUCACCUCGCACACCACUGCAAAUGAUUCGAUCCCCUUUUGCAGAUGUCAGGAUUCUUAACUUGCCUACUCGAGUCGCCACACCGCCCAUCUUUAUCGGGAGCCCAAUUCUCAAUGCUCACCUUGGCGUCUCCUUGGAUGAUCUUCGCAGAAAAGCAGACGAGUUCCGUAUGAACAACCCUGGCACAGAUAUCGAUAAAGCUUGGCUUCAAGCAUUCGCAGGCAGGCUCUCGGAACGUGGCGAGCUGUUACCGGAUUAUCGUUGUUAUGUCCUCGGAUGCGCGCAAUCGAACAAGCGUCGUGACCAUAUUCUUGUUCAUGUCGGUUCUCACGUCGAGUACAGACCCUUCCAAUGCGAGAACUGCGGUAUGCGGUUCCUGAGGAAGAACGAAUGUAAACGACAUGCUACUAGCCAUGAUGGUAUCAAGCCGUAUGUCUGCACUGUCUGCCCACCGGAGCGGAACCGCAGCUUUGUUCGUCAAGAUCUUUUGAAACGACAUUUGAAGGUGACUCACCGCACACGCGCUGUCGGAGAGGAAGAUCAUAAAAGAAUCAAGUUGUCGGACGGGUGCAUUUGAUGGAAUUACUGGUGCAGUGUAACUUCCUCGUGGAAGUGUAGUUUUGCUGGAACGCAUGUACUUGAUUAUCACACAUUGUAUUGUGAUCGAGUUCUGUGUAUACAUUGGCGUGGUCUUUUGCGAAG